GCGCAUUCAUCCCGUUUUAGCGUCCGCCAGUCUGCAUCGUUGCGCAGGAACAGGCGUGAACAGGACGAGUCAGAGACCACUAAAUACGCCUAACGAGAAACCACAGUGCCUAAUGAUGCGGACUAAAUGACAAAGCCUCGGACGAAGCAAAAAGUCUUGUGGUAACGCGAGAGGCGGUGUAACCAGAUAGACCCUCAAUGCGGACUGCUCUUAUUUACUUUCUCCUGAGAACACACCCCUCCUUUUCUUUCUCACUAUAACUCUUGCACGCGACUUCUUUCCUGCCGCUUCUUUUCGCCAGUCAAUCAUCUGUAUCAUUCAUCAUGGCGUCCAAGGACAGUUUAAUCUCGUGGGAAGACUAUCAAGGGUGUCUCACUGCCUACUUCGAGUGGGCUGAAAGCUACGACUCGAAAAACUGGGAACGUCUGCGAAAAUGCAUUGCACCUACCCUCCGCAUCGAUUACCGAUCGUUUCUGAAUAAGCUAUGGGAGGCUAUGCCUGCCGACGAGUUCGUCAAGAUGGUGUCGGAUCCCAAGGUGCUUGGUGACCCUCUCCUCAUGACACAACACUUUUGCGGUGCCUCCAAAUGGGAGAAAGUCAGCGACACCGAAAUCAUUGGCCACCACCAGCUGCGUGUGCCUCACCAGAAAUACACCGACGCCUCGCGUGCGCACGUCAAGGUCAAGGGCCACGCCCACUCAUACAACCUCCACUGGUACAAGAAGGUCGAUGGUGUGUGGAAGUUUGCCGGUCUCAACCCGGAUAUCAGAUGGGGCGAGUUCGAUUUUGACAAGGUCUUCGAAGAAGGCCGUGAGGAGCUAGGAGACAAAGAGAAGGCCGAAGAAGCCGACAAGCUUGCGAAGCAAGCUGAGGGUGUCCCUUCUUCAUAAAACUACCGUCUAUGCUAUAUAUGCACAAUUUACACUCGAACCUCUAAGAGAGAGGUAUCUUCUUCACGAACAUACA